AUGGAACACCAGAGUGUCAACCCCAGGGCAGGCGAUGACAGCCCACUCAAGAUUAUCUCUACUUUGGUAACCAGCCCAACCCCCGAACAUUACAAAACUGUUUUGCCAAAGAGCACAGAUAUACCAUCUCCCAACGAAGAAGAGCACAAGGUAGACCAGGUCUACAACAUACCAACUGCUUGCAUGGGCGCCCCAAAGCCGUACAAUCAACCACGCAUGAAGAUGCGCCGCCCAUAUUCCCCUGUCUACAUUACGCGAGCUGAACGUGCUAGGAUGCUUUCAAAUGUCAAUGGAGAUGUGAGUUGUUGA